GAGAUCAGCUGUGCUUCUCUGGCCUCAGCUCUGAAGUCCAACCCCUCCCAUCUGAGAGAGCUGGACCUGAGUGAAAACAACCUGCAGGAUUCAGGAGUGAAGGAUCUGUGUGGUUUUCUGCAGAGUCCAGACUGUGGACUGGAGACUCUGAGGUUGAGGCGCUGCAGUUUGUCAGAGAUCAGCUGUGCUUCUCUGGCCUCAGCUCUGAAGUCCAACCCCUCCCAUCUGAGACACCUGGACCUGAGUGAAAACAACCUGCAGGAUUCAGACCUGAAGGAUCUGUGUGGUUUUCUGCAGAGUCCAGACUGUGGACUGGAGACUCUGAGGUUGAGGCGCUGCAGUUUGUCAGAGAUCAGCUGUGCUUCUCUGGCCUCAGCUCUGAAGUCCAACCCCUCCCAUCUGAGACACCUGGACCUGAGUGAAAACAACCUGCAGGAUUCAGACCUGAAGGAUCUGUGUGGUUUUCUGCAGAGUCCAGACUGUGGACUGGAGACUCUGAGGUUGAGGCGCUGCAGUUUGUCAGAGAUCAGCUGUGCUUCUCUGGCCUCAGCUCUGAAGUCCAACCCCUCCCAUCUGAGACACCUGGACCUGAGUGAAAACAACCUGCAGGAUUCAGACCUGAAGGAUCUGUGUGGUUUUCUGCAGAGUCCAGACUGUGGACUGGAGACU